AUGGGCGACUCUUUAGAAAAUACGGAAACGGCGGCCGACGCCCCGAAUGUUACAAUUGUGGAUUAUGGGGCGUUCACCAACUACCUUAGGAAGGCAGCGACCAUUCUGCUGCCCGAGGAGGAUGCCGUUCCGCCGGCCCUAAAUGUGGCCCUCGAGGAUCCCACCAACCAGGACUGCAUCAAGAAGUUCCUGUCCGAUCCCCAGAUUCAGUCGCUUUACAUCCAGAGGAGUUGCUCGAAAGACGAUGAAAACGAUCAACCACCGGAAGGCGACGAAGAAAAGGAUGCCGUCACAUAUUACAUCAGCAACGACGUCCAUUUCACCAAUCCCCGCAUGGCAUCGUUAGCCAUCAUCAAGCGUGGCACCGUCGUCGAAGCCGAUAAAUCAAUUCAUUCUCAAGUUCGCUUAAUCAACUUCUCCGAAGGGUCGCCAUAUGAGACUCUCCAUUCAUUCAUUAGCAAGUCUCUGGCCCCUUACUUCAAAAGCUACGUGAAGGAGUCAGGACGUGCCGAUCGGGAUGGUGACAAGAUGGCACCUUCGGUUGAGAAGAAAUUGACCGAACUUGAAAUGGGACUCCUGCAUCUUCAACAAAACAUUGAUAUCCCAGAAAUUACAUUGGUCAUCCAUCAGUUGGUGGCCAAUACCAUUAAAAAAUGCAAUGAUGAAAAUCGCAAAGCGAAAGUUGCUGAUUUCGGAGAUAAGGUAGAAGAUUCGACCUUCCUUAAUCAGUUGCAGAACGGAGUAAACCGUUGGAUUAAGGAGAUUAAGAAAGUAACCAAGUUGGAUCGAGACCCUGCAUCAGGUACAACCUUGCAAGAAGUUUCGUUCUGGCUGAAUUUGGAACGCGCCUUGUAUCGGAUACAAGAAAAACGCGAAUCUCCCGAAGUAGCUCUAACUCUAGACAUCCUUAAACAUGGAAAACGUUUCCAUGCAACUGUUUCGUUCGAUACCGACACUGGUCUGAAGCAAGCUUUGGCCAUGGUCGCUGAUUUCAACCCUCUCAUGAAAGACUUCCCAAUCAAUGAACUUCUAUCCGCGACUGAACUGGAGAAAAUUCGACCCGCCGUUCAGUCGAUUUUUGCUCAUUUGCGUAAAAUCCGCAGCACCAAGUAUCCAAUUCACCGAGCAUUUAAAUUGAUCGAGGCUAUUUCUCGUGAUUUGAGUCAGCAGCUUUUGAAAGUAUUAGGAACUCGUCGGUUGAUGCAUAUUCCUUUCGACGAAUUCGAACGCGUCAUGAAUCAAUGCUUUGAAGUGUUCGGUUGCUGGGAUGAUGAGUAUGAUAAGCUGCAAGGCUUGUUGCGUGAUAUUGUUAAGAAGAAGCGUGAUGAGAAUUUGAAGAUGAUUUGGAGGAUCUCACCGGCUCAUAAGCGUUUACAACAGCGCAUGGAGCAUAUGCGUAAGUUUAGGAGGCAGCAUGAACAGUUGAGGACUGUAAUUUUGCGUGUAUUGAGACCGAAUAGGCAGCAACAACAAAAUGAAGCUGAACCCGAAACUAAACAACCUUCAAGUUUGGAUGCUGCUGAUGCCAACGCAAUCGAAGAGGUUAAUUUGGCGUACGAGAACGUAAAGGAGGUUGACUGCUUGGAUAUUAGUAAGGAGGGGUCAGAUGCCUGGGAAGCAGCUGUUAAGCGUUAUGAGGAGCGUAUUGACCGUGUUGAGACACGAAUCACGGCCCAUCUUCGCGAUCAGCUCGGAACAGCCAAGAAUGCCAACGAAAUGUUCCGUAUCUUCUCACGGUUCAAUGCCCUCUUCGUUCGUCCACAUAUUCGUGGAGCCAUUCGCGAAUAUCAAACGCAAUUGAUUCAGCGCGUCAAGGAUGAUAUUGAAGCUUUGCAUGAAAAAUUCAAGGUGCAAUACCCUCAAAGCAAGAGUUGUCGGCUGUCGAUGGCUCGCGAUCUUCCUCCAGUUGCCGGUUCCAUAAUUUGGGCUCGUCAAAUUGACAACCAAUUGACCAUGUAUCUGAAGCGCGUCGAAGAUGUUUUGGGUAAAGGCUGGGAAUCGCAUAUUGAUGGUCAAAAACUGAAAGCCGAUGGAGACAGCUUCCGUAACAAACUAUCGAUCUCGGAAGUUUUCCAAGACUGGGCGAAUAAGGUACAGGAACGGAACUUCGGAAUUAGCGGAAGGAUUUUCACCAUUGAAUCAGCAAGGUCUCGCACCGGUCGUGGUAAUGUUCUGAAACUUCGAGUUAAUUUCUUACCGGAGGUAGUCACACUAUGGAAGGAAGUUCGUAACAUCAAGAAUCUUGGUUUCCGUGUACCGCUGGCUAUUGUCAACAAGGCUCAUCAGGCGAAUCAAAUUUAUCCAUUCGCUAUUUCGCUGAUCGAAAGCGUGCGCACUUACGAGCGUACUUUAGAAAAGCUAAAUAAUAGGAGUUUAGCACAUAAUUCUGUAUUCAAGAUUGAAGAUCGUGCGAGCAUUAUUCCGUUGGUUGCUGGUCUCCGGAAGGAUGUGUUGGCUUUGAUUUCCGAAGGCAUUGGAUUGGUUUGGGAGAGUUAUAAGUUGGAUCCUUACGUGCAACGUCUUUCUGAUUGCGUGACAUCGUUCCAGGAGAAGGUCGAAGACUUAUUGGUAGUAGAAGAACAACUAGACGUAGAUGUCCGCUCUCUGGAAACUUGUCCAUACAGUGCAGCUACUUUUGCUGACAUUUUAUCCAAGAUUCAGCAUGCAGUUGACGAUUUGUCUUUAAGGCAGUAUUCGAACUUGCAUAUUUGGGUUGCGCGUCUUGAUGAAGAGGUCGAGAAAAAAUUGGCAUCCCGAUUGCAAGCCGGAAUCCAAGCCUGGACUGAUGCUCUAACUGGAAACAAGAAGGAAGUCGAUUUGUCAAUGGAUACUGAUGCUCCGGCUCUGCCAACCCACAAGCCUGGCGGUGAACCUCAUAUCCAAAAUGCUAUCCACGAAAUUCGUAUCACCAAUCAGCAAAUGUAUCUAUAUCCAUCCAUUGAGGAGGCUCGAUUCCAAAUCAUGCAUCAACUCUUUGCUUGGCAAGCGAUCGUGACAUCACAAACUCGUUUGGAGAGUUCCAGAUACCAAGUCGGACUUGACAAACCCGUUUCCCAAACUUAUCGCAAUCUCCUUACUAAACUACCCGGAGGUGCUUCUACUUUAGAACAUGCUUAUGAAGCCAUUGAAAACAAGAUCUUUGAAGUCCGCAAUUACGUGGAUGAAUGGUUGCGUUACCAGAGCUUAUGGGAUCUUCAAGCUGACACCCUAUACGGUCGUCUAGGAGAGGAUAUCAAUCUGUGGAUUAAGUGUUUGAAUGACAUCAAGAAAUCACGUACUACGUUUGAUACCUCUGACACCCGGCGAAGCUACGGACCGAUAAUCAUUGAUUAUGCUAAAGUUCAAGCUAAGGUCACCCUGAAAUAUGAUUCAUGGCAUAAAGAAGCUCUUGGCAAAUUUGGUUCUCUUUUGGGCAAUGAAAUGUCGACUUUCCAUUCUAAAGUUUCCAAGUCACGUAGCGAUCUCGAACUGCAAAGCAUUGAGGCUGCCAGUACAUCUGACGCCGUCAGCUUCAUCACUUACGUUCAAUCACUCAAGAAGGAGAUGCUCGUCUGGAACAACCAAGUUGAAAUUUAUCGCGAAGCUCAGAGGAUCUUGGAACGUCAACGCUUCCAAUUCCCCAACAACUGGCUCCACGUUGACAACAUCGAGGGCGAAUGGUCUGCUUUCAACGAGAUCAUGAAGCGUAAGGACUCUGCUAUUCAGACUCAAGUUGCAAGCCUUCAAUCUAAGAUUGUGGCUGAGGACAAGGCAGUUGAGACCAGAACCGCUGACUUCCUCAAUGAUUGGGAGAAGAACAAACCAACAGGAGGCAAAACUCGCCCAGACGAAGCUCUACAACAACUUCAAAUGUUUGAGAGUAAAUUCUCACGUCUUAAGGAAGAACGUGAUAAUGUCGCUAAGGCAAAGGAGGCUUUGGAACUUCAAGAGUCUGCUAUUCCGAACAAUAGCUCUGAGCGCAUGAACGUCGUUUUGGAAGAAUUGCAAGAUUUGCGCGGCGUGUGGAGUGAACUUUCGAAGAUCUGGACUCAAAUCGAUGAGACUAGAGAGAAACCAUGGCUUUCAGUACAGCCAAGAAAAUUGAGACAACAGCUGGAGGCAAUGAUGUCGCAAUUGAAGGAGUUGCCUGCUCGUUUGCGAAUGUACGAGAGUUAUGAGUAUGUUAAGAAGCUUUUGCAAGGUUACAUCAAGGUCAACAUGCUCAUCGUAGAAUUGAAAUCUGAUGCACUGAAAGAACGACAUUGGAAACAACUCACAAGACAACUAAAAGUGAAUUGGAUCCUAUCUGAAUUGGCGCUUGGACAAGUCUAUGAUGUUAAUUUGCUGAAGAAUGAGUCGAUUGUUAAGGACACUAUUCUCAUCGCCCAAGGAGAAAUGGCUUUGGAAGAAUUCUUGAAACAGGUUCGCGAAUCAUGGCAAAACUAUGAGCUUGAUCUCAUCAACUAUCAGAACAAAUGCAAAAUCAUCCGUGGUUGGGAUGAUUUGUUCAACAAGGUCAAGGAACAUAUAAAUUCAGUUGCUGCUAUGAAACUCUCGCCCUACUACAAAGUUUUCGAAGAAGAGGCAUUAACUUGGGAGGAGAAAUUGAAUCGCAUUAACGCCUUGUUUGAUGUCUGGAUUGAUGUUCAACGUCGAUGGGUCUAUUUAGAGGGUAUAUUCUCGGGAAGUGCUGAUAUCAAAACGUUGCUGCCGGUGGAGACAUCAAGAUUCCAAAGCAUCAGUUCUGAAUUCUUGGGUUUGAUGAAGAAGGUCACAAAAUCACCAAAAGUUAUGGAUGUUCUGAACAUCCCAGCUGUUCAACGCUCAUUGGAAAGACUCGCUGAUCUGCUUGGCAAAAUCCAGAAAGCCCUGGGAGAAUAUCUUGAGAGGGAGAGAACAUCAUUCCCAAGAUUCUACUUCGUCGGUGAUGAAGAUCUGCUUGAAAUUAUCGGCAACAGCAAGAAUAUCGCUCGACUUCAAAAGCACUUCAAAAAAAUGUUUGCUGGUGUUGCUGCAAUUCUUCUGAACGAAGACAACACAGUCAUCCUCGGUAUUGCAUCUCGGGAGGGUGAAGAAGUUCAAUUUAUUCGACCAGUCUCAACCGUUGACCACCCAAAGAUUAACGAAUGGCUUACUCUUGUGGAGAAAGAAAUGCGUUUCUCCUUGGCAUCAAAUUUAGCUCAAGCUGUCCAGGAUAUCAAGCAGUUUAAAGAAGGUUCAAUUGAUCCACAAAAAUAUAUGGAGUGGUGCGACAAAUAUCAAGCGCAGAUAGUCGUUUUGGCCGCACAGAUUCUUUGGUCGGAGGACGUUGAAGCUGCUCUUCAACAAUCAUCAGAAAAUCCAAGCACAAAACCGUUAAAUCGAGUAUUGUCAACUGUUGAAGCAACACUUAAUGUUUUGGCUGAUUCUGUACUUCAAGAACAACCGCCAUUGCGUCGUAAGAAAUUAGAACAUUUGAUCAACGAGUUUGUCCACAAACGUACCGUCACCAGACGUUUGAUCGCCCACGGCGUCACAAAUCCGAAAUCAUUCCAAUGGCUCUGUGAAAUGCGUUUCUACUUCGAUCCUCGUCAAACUGAAGUUCUACAACAACUCACGAUCCACAUGGCUAAUGCUCGUUUCUAUUACGGAUUCGAAUAUUUGGGAGUCCAAGAUCGCUUGGUACAGACUCCGCUCACUGACCGUUGCUACUUGACUAUGACUCAGGCCUUAGAGUCGAGGCUUGGAGGUUCUCCAUUCGGUCCCGCUGGUACGGGUAAAACGGAAUCCGUCAAGGCUUUGGGCAACCAACUGGGACGUUUCGUUCUUGUCUUCAAUUGUGACGAAACCUUUGAUUUCCAAGCUAUGGGAAGAAUUUUCGUUGGUUUGUGUCAAGUUGGUGCUUGGGGUUGUUUCGAUGAAUUCAAUCGUUUAGAAGAACGUAUGCUGUCAGCUUGCUCUCAGCAAAUUCAAACAAUCCAGGAGGCUUUGAAGUCUCAACAGGAAAAUGCUAAAGAAAGUAUUUCCGUUGAAUUAGUUGGAAAGCAAGUACGAGUUUCACCCGACAUGGCUAUUUUCAUCACCAUGAAUCCUGGCUACGCUGGACGUUCCAACUUGCCCGAUAACUUGAAGAAACUCUUCCGAUCAUUGGCUAUGACAACACCAGAUCGUCAACUCAUCGCCGAGGUUAUGUUGUUCAGUCAAGGUUUCCGUUCUGCUGAGAAAUUGGCUUGCAAAAUUGUACCAUUCUUCAAGCUGUGCGACGAACAAUUGUCCAACCAAUCCCAUUACGAUUUCGGUUUGCGUGCUUUGAAAUCUGUGUUGGUAUCUGCUGGUAAUGUGAAACGGGAUCGUAUCAUGAGGAUUAAGGAAAACAUGACCCAACGUGGCGAAACUAAUAUUGAUGAAGCUUCGAUCGCUGAAAAUUUACCGGAACAGGAGAUCUUGAUUCAAUCAGUUUGUGAGACUAUGGUACCAAAGUUGGUUGCUGAAGAUAUUCCACUUUUGUUCUCGUUGUUGAGUGAUGUGUUCCCGAAUGUUGGAUAUACUCGUGCAGAAAUGAAAGGUCUUAAGGAUGAAAUCCGUAAAGUUUGCGCUGAGGAGUACUUGGUUUGCGGAGAAGGUGAUGAACAAGGUGCUGCUUGGAUGGAAAAGGGAUAUGGUGAAACUUGGGUGGAAAAAGUACUUCAACUAUACCAAAUCAGCAACCUCAAUCACGGUCUAAUGAUGGUCGGUCCAUCUGGAUCUGGUAAAUCAACUGCAUGGAAAGUGCUACUCAAAGCUCUGGAAAGAUUCGAAGGAACCGAAGGUGUGGCGCACGUCAUUGAUCCAAAGGCUAUAUCGAAAGAAGCGCUGUAUGGUGUCCUCGAUCCAAACACGAGAGAAUGGACAGAUGGUUUGUUUACGCACAUUCUGAGAAAAAUUAUUGACAACGUACGAGGUGAAAUCAACAAGCGCCAAUGGAUUAUAUUCGACGGUGACGUUGAUCCUGAAUGGGUAGAAAAUUUGAACUCGGUGCUCGAUGAUAACAAACUUUUAACCUUGCCAAAUGGUGAACGUUUAUCGUUGCCACCAAAUGUUCGCGUCAUGUUUGAGGUACAAGAUCUUAAAUUCGCUACCUUGGCUACGGUAUCACGUUGCGGCAUGGUUUGGUUCUCCGAAGAUGUUCUUUCCACCGAAAUGAUAUUUGAGAACUACUUGUUACGCUUGCGUAAUAUUCCACUGGAAGAAUCGGAUGAAGAUAACUUUGGAACAAGUAAAACUCAAGAGAAGGAGGACGAAGUUUCGCCAUCUUUGCAAACUCAACGAGAAAUAUCUACCCUGAUUCAGCCGUUCUUCUCAGCCGAUGGUGUUAUUGUUCGAUGCUUAGAAUAUGCGAUGGAGCAAGAGCACAUUAUGGAUUUCACACGUCUGCGCGCUUUGAGCUCAUUGUUCUCAAUGCUUAACCAAGCCGUCAGAAACGUCUUAAACUUCAAUCAACAACAUCCAGAUUUCCCAGUAGCUCCAGAACAACUUGAACAAUACAUUCCAAAGGCUUUGAUCUACUCCAUCUUAUGGUCAUUCGCUGGUGAUGCUAAACUCAAGGUUCGCGUCGAUUUAGGUGAUUUCCUCCGAAGUGUUACAACUGUUCCUUUGCCUGGUAACCAAGGAUCACCUAUCAUUGACUACGAGGUUAAUAUGUCUGGUGAAUGGGUUCCCUGGUCUAACAAAGUCCCAGUUAUUGAAGUUGAAACGCAUAAGGUCGCAGCUCCUGAUAUUGUCGUUCCCACUCUUGAUACUGUUCGCCAUGAAAGUUUGUUAUACACUUGGUUAGCAGAGCAUAAGCCUUUAGUACUUUGCGGACCGCCAGGCUCUGGUAAAACAAUGACUCUGUUCUCGGCCUUACGUGCGCUGCCUGAUAUGGAAGUUGUCGGCUUGAAUUUCUCAUCUGCUACAACACCAGAAUUGUUGCUGAAAACGUUUGAUCAUUAUUGUGAAUAUCGCAAGACACCAAACGGUGUUGUUCUGUCUCCAAUUCAGAUUGGAAAAUGGCUUGUUCUGUUCUGCGAUGAAAUCAACUUGCCAGACAUGGACGCUUACGGAACACAGCGGGUCAUUUCUUUCUUACGCCAACUGGUUGAACACAAAGGAUUCUAUCGAGCCAGUGACCAAGCUUGGGUUUCCUUAGAGCGCAUUCAGUUUGUUGGCGCUUGUAAUCCUCCAACAGAUCCUGGAAGAAAGCCACUAAGCCAUCGCUUCUUACGUCAUGUACCAAUUAUUUAUGUCGACUAUCCCGGCGAGACUUCACUGAAACAGAUUUACGGAACAUUCAGUCGUGCAAUGUUAAGAUUGAUGCCUGCUCUGAGAGGUUACGCUGAACCAUUGACUAAUGCCAUGGUUGAAUUCUACUUGGCAUCACAAGAUCGUUUCACUCAGGACAUGCAACCACAUUAUGUCUACUCACCUCGUGAAAUGACUAGAUGGGUUCGUGGUAUCUGUGAGGCUAUUAGGCCACUAGACAACUUGCCGGUUGAGGGAUUAGUUCGUCUCUGGGCUCAUGAAGCUCUUCGCCUCUUCCAAGAUCGUCUUGUCGAUGAUACGGAACGUCGCUGGACAAAUGAAAAUAUUGACAUUGUCGCCAUGAAACACUUCCCAAGUGUUGACGGUGAAAAGGCAUUGGCCCGUCCAAUUCUGUACAGCAACUGGCUUUCAAAGGAUUAUAUGCCAGUUAAUCGGGAAGAACUGCGCGAUUACGUCAAGGCUCGUCUAAAAGUAUUCUACGAAGAAGAAUUGGAUGUGCCGCUUGUCUUGUUCGAUGAAGUAUUGGAGCAUGUGCUACGUAUUGAUCGUAUUUUCCGUCAACCACAAGGACAUCUUUUGCUGAUCGGUGUUUCAGGCGCAGGAAAGACAACUUUGUCACGAUUUGUUGCAUGGAUGAAUGGAUUAUCUAUUUUCCAAAUUAAGGUUCACAAUAAAUACACUAGCGAAGAUUUCGAUGAGGAUUUGCGUUGUGUCUUGCGAAGGUCUGGUUGCAAGGAUGAGAAAAUUGCGUUCAUUCUGGAUGAGUCCAACGUAUUAGAUUCUGGCUUCUUGGAAAGAAUGAAUACUCUAUUGGCUAACGGAGAGGUUCCAGGAUUGUUCGAGGGAGAUGAAUACACAACCUUGAUGACCCAGUGCAAAGAAGGCGCCCAACGUGAAGGCCUCAUGCUAGACUCCAACGAUGAAUUAUAUAAAUGGUUCACACAACAAGUUAUGCGCAAUCUCCACGUCGUCUUCACCAUGAAUCCAUCAACCGAUGGUCUCAAAGAUCGUGCAGCUACAUCACCAGCUUUGUUCAAUCGUUGCGUCUUGAAUUGGUUCGGCGAUUGGUCAGACUCAGCUCUAUUCCAAGUAGGCAAAGAGUUCACUCAACGUGUCGACUUAGAGAAACCAAAUUGGACAACACCUGACUUCUUCCCUGCCGCUUGUCCUAAUAUCCCCGCUCAGCCAUCACAUCGUGAUGCAGUUAUCAACGGCUGUGUAUAUGUACAUCAAACGCUGCAUAAUGCUAAUGCUAAACUGGCCAAGCGAGGUGGAAGAACAAUGGCUAUUACGCCCCGUCACUAUUUGGACUUUAUUCAUCAUUUCGUCAAGUUGUAUUCGGAAAAACGUAGCGACUUGGAAGAGCAACAACUUCAUUUGAAUGUCGGUUUGAAUAAGAUCGCAGAAACUGUGGAACAGGUCGAAGAAAUGCAAAAAUCGUUAGCUGUCAAGUCACAAGAAUUGCAAGCGAAGAAUGAGGCUGCCAAUGCUAAAUUGAAGCAGAUGUUCAAGGAUCAACAAGAAGCUGAAAAGAAGAAGGUUCAAUCACAAGAAAUUCAACAACAAUUGGCGCAACAGACCGUUAAAAUUGAAGAGAAGCGAAAGUGUGUCAUGGCUGAUUUAGCUCAAGUCGAACCGGCUGUUAUUGAAGCGCAGCAAGCUGUAAAGUCGAUUAGAAAACAACAGCUCGUUGAAGUACGUACAAUGGCUAAUCCACCAGCUGUCGUUAAACUGGCAUUAGAAUCGAUAUGCUUGCUGCUUGGGGAAAAUGCAACUGAUUGGAAAUCAAUUCGUGCAGUUAUAAUGCGAGAAAACUUUAUAAAUUUAAUAGUAUCUAACUUCAAUACCGAAGAUAUAACCGAUGAAGUGCGUGAGAAGAUGAAGACUCGAUACUUGAGCAAUCCAGACUACAACUUUGAGAAAGUCAACCGCGCCAGUUUGGCUUGUGGUCCUAUGGUGAAAUGGGCUAUUGCUCAGAUCGAAUACGCCGAUAUGUUGAAACGUGUCGAACCUCUCCGGGAUGAACUUCAAUCCUUGGAAGAUCAAGCUGCACAAAACAUGGAACACGCUCAAAAUAUGAAAGAUUUGAUCACACAACUCGAACAAAGUAUUGCUGCCUAUAAAGAAGAGUACGCACAACUCAUUUCCCAAGCUCAAGCCAUCAAAGCUGAUUUGGAGAAUGUUCAAGCCAAGGUCGAUCGUUCUAUUGCUUUGUUGAAGAGUUUGAACAUCGAACGGGAACGUUGGGAAGCUACAAGCGAGACAUUCCGCUCUCAAAUGUCGACUAUUAUUGGUGAUGUUAUGCUGUCGGCAGCGUUCAUUGCUUAUGGCGGCUACUUUGAUCAACACUAUCGAAACAACUUAUUCACAACAUGGUGUCAGCAUCUCCAGUCCGCCAAUAUCCAAUAUCGGGCUGAUAUCGCUCGAACUGAAUAUCUCUCGAAUCCAGACGAGAGGCUACGCUGGCAAGCACACGCGCUACCAAGUGACGAUCUGUGCACUGAGAACGCUAUCAUGCUGAAACGGUUCAACCGAUACCCACUCAUCAUUGAUCCAUCUGGACAAGCCACUGAAUUCAUAAUGAACGAGUUUGCCAACAAGAAAAUCACAAAAACAAGCUUCUUGGAUGAUUCAUUCAGAAAGAAUCUUGAGUCUGCCCUACGUUUCGGUAAUCCAUUGCUGGUGCAAGAUGUAGAAAACUACGAUCCUAUUCUCAAUCCGGUGUUGAACAAAGAGUUGAGACGUACAGGUGGACGUGUAUUGAUCACUCUUGGCGAUCAAGACAUCGAUUUGUCACCAUCGUUCGUAAUCUUCCUAUCCACACGUGAUCCAACCGUUGAAUUCCCACCAGACAUUUGCUCUCGAGUAACAUUCGUGAAUUUCACAGUAACACGCAGCUCGCUACAGUCACAAUGUUUGAAUCAAGUCCUUAAAGCUGAACGUCCGGAUAUCGAUGAAAAACGUUCAGAUCUGUUGAAAUUGCAAGGAGAGUUCAGACUUCGUCUCCGUCAACUGGAAAAGAGCUUAUUGCAAGCUUUGAAUGACGCCAAGGGCAAGAUAUUGGACGACGACUCGGUCAUUACAACCCUCGAAACUCUCAAGAAGGAAGCUUACGAUAUCAACCAGAAAGUCGACGAGACUGAUAAGGUCAUUGCUGAAAUUGAAACUGUAUCGCAGCAAUACCUUCCGUUGUCUGUGGCUUGUAGUAACUUGUACUUCACAAUGGAUAGCUUGAAUCAAGUUCACUUCCUAUACCAAUACUCACUAAAGAUGUUCUUGGACAUAUUCAGCACUGUCCUAUACAACAAUCCACAUCUGGAUGGAAAAUCUGAACACACGGCUCGUCUCAAUAUUAUAACAAAAGACUUAUUCUUAGUUUGCUAUGAACGGGUUGCACGAGGCAUGAUCCAUUCCGAUCGGCUGACUUUUGCUCUAUUAAUGUGCAAGAUUCACCUAAAGGGAACGUCAGAGCAGAAUCUCGAUGCAGAAUUCAACUUCUUCCUACGAAGCAAGGAAGGCUUACUUGCUAGCCAGCAACACAUCGAAGGAUUAAGUCCUGAGCAAAUUGAGGCUGUAAAUCGAUUAACUGUACGUCUCCCAAUCUUCAAGAAGCUUAUUGAAAAGGUUAAGUCAAUGCCAGAAAUCGGAGCCUGGUUACAACAAGGUUCACCGGAGCAAAAUGUACCACAACUUUGGGACGAAUCGAAGGCUUUAACUCCGAUUGUUCAAUCUGUGCAUCGUUUACUUUUGAUCCAGGCAUUCCGACCGGAUCGUGUAAUUGCUGCGGCUCAAUUAGUCGUCUCAACAAUUCUCGGCGAGGACUUUAUGUCCACUGCAGAAGCUGAACUUGACUUCGCCCACUGUGUUGAUAAGCAAUUGAACUGCAACACACCCGCUCUUCUAUGUUCCGUUCCUGGAUUCGAUGCUUCGAGUCGUGUCGAUGAUUUGGCCGCUGAAUUAAAUAAACAAGUUUCAAGUAUCGCCAUUGGUUCCGCGGAAGGUUUCAGCCAAGCAGACAGAGCUAUCAACAUGGCAUGCAAAUCAGGACGCUGGGUUCUCUUGAAGAACGUUCACUUGGCGCCUCAAUGGCUUGUACAACUAGAGAAGAAAUUGCACUCGUUACAACCGCAUAGUGGAUUCCGUCUGUUCUUAACAAUGGAAAUAAGUCCAAGAGUUCCAGUUAACUUACUUCGAGCUGGUCGUAUCUUCGUCUUUGAACCUCCACCAGGUAUCCGCGCUAACUUAUUGAGAACCUUCUCAACAGUUCCAGCAGGACGAAUGAUGAAAGUACCAAGUGAACGCGCCCGUCUGUACUUCCUCUUGGCGUGGUUCCAUGCCAUCAUUCAAGAACGUUUACGCUACGUUCCAUUAGGUUGGGCGAAGAAAUACGAAUUCAACGAAUCAGAUCUGAGAGUGGCUUGUGAUACAUUGGAUACUUGGAUCGAUGCAACUGCAAUGGGUCGCACAAAUCUGCCACCAGAAAAGGUACCAUGGGAUGCACUCGUCACUCUUCUGUCGCAGAGUAUCUAUGGUGGUAAAAUCGAUAACGAUUUCGAUCAACGACUAUUGACUUCUUUCCUAUCAAAACUCUUCACGGCGAGAAGUUUCGAGGCAGACUUUGCUCUAGUUGCUAAUGUCGAUGGAGUUGCUGGCGGUCCGAAUGGACAGCGGCACAUAACUAUGCCUGAUGGCACCAGACGCGACCAUUUCCUGAAAUGGAUUGAAAACUUGGCUGAUCGGCAAACGCCUUCCUGGCUUGGGCUACCAAACAACGCUGAGAAAGUGUUAUUGACAACCCGCGGCACAGAUCUCGUUAGUAAAUUGCUGAAGAUGCAGCAGCUGGAAGAUGAUGAUGAGUUGGCUUAUAGCGCUGAAGAGUUAUCUGAAGCGUCCCCAACACAUCAAGAGGAUGGACGUCCAUCAUGGAUGAAGACACUACAUAAUAGUGCAACUGCAUGGUUGAACUUGCUACCGAAAUCUUUGCAGACGUUGAGACGUACCGUUGAAAAUAUUAAAGAUCCACUUUACAGAUACUUUGAACGCGAAGUUACGUCCGGCGCAAAACUACUACAAACUGUUAUCUCUGAUCUGCAGGAUGUCGUUUUAAUUUGUCAAGGUGAAAAGAAACAAACAAAUCACCAUCGUUCCAUGUUGUCCGAAUUGGUACGCGGUAUUAUCCCGAAAGGAUGGCGGCGCUACACUGUCCCUGCUGGGUGCACAGUAAUUCAAUGGAUAACGGACUUCAGCAACCGUGUCCAACAACUACAGAAGGUGUCAAAAUUAGUAUCACAGGCUGGUGCUAAGGAAUUACAGGGCUUCCCUGUUUGGCUUGGUGGUCUCCUCAAUCCUGAAGCUUACAUUACCGCAACUCGCCAGUGCGUGGCUCAAGCAAACAGUUGGUCUUUGGAAGAAUUGGCUCUAGAAGUGACCAUCACUGAGUCUGGUUCCGACAAUGGUCAGAAGGAUAGCAGCUUUGGAGUGGUAGGACUGAAAUUGCAAGGCGCUAAUUGCAAGAACAAUCAAUUGCUGCUUACUUCGACGAUUAUGACUGAUCUUCCAUUGACUAUAUUGAAAUGGGUUAAGGCUACCGGUGAUCAUCGUUCUGGAAAACUUACUUUGCCGGUUUAUCUGAACUCAACCAGAUCCGAACUGUUGUUUACAGUUGAUCUGGCAGUUGCACCUGGACAGGAUCCACACAGCUUCUAUGAACGCGGUGUUGCUGUAUUGACAUCCACCGCUUUGAAUUAAAAUAAUAAAUUAUCAAAAUAUAUUCAUCUAAUCACAUAUUCAAAAUAUAUUCAAAUACCGUCUUAUAUUUACGUUACGUUACACAAGAGUAUCAACUUUGAAUGCUUCAAAAGCAUUUAUAAACAAAAUAUUAAACUAUUAUUCAAAAUAUACUCCCAAUAAAUAUUAUUGAAUGCAA